GGGAGGAGCUGAGUCGGGGUCUCGCCGCGCCUCGCCGCGCCAGCCCGCACUUCUCAGCCGGAGAGAGAGGUCGGAGAUCAUGCCUGUGUUAGCGGCCCUUCUGCGGCGCGGCGCGCGCGGGCGCGGCCCCCUGCUUCAGAGGCGGGUGCAGGAAAUAAGGUAUGCAGAGCGAAGUUAUGUAUCAAAACCCACUUUGAAUGAAGUGGUCAUAGUAAGUGCUACAAGAACACCCAUUGGAUCCUUUCUAGGCGGUCUUUCGUCUCUGCCAGCCACUAAACUUGGUUCCAUUGCGAUUCAGGGAGCCAUUGAAAAGGCAGGGAUUCCAAAAGAAGAAGUGAAAGAAGCAUACAUGGGCAAUGUUCUACAAGGAGGUGAAGGACAGGCCCCUACAAGGCAAGCAGUACUGGGUGCAGGCUUACCUAUUUCUACUCCAUGUACCACUAUAAACAAAGUUUGUGCCUCAGGAAUGAAAGCCAUCAUGAUGGCCUCUCAGAAUCUUAUGUGUGGACAUCAGGAUGUGAUGGUGGCAGGUGGGAUGGAGAGCAUGUCCAAUGUCCCCUAUGUAAUGAACAGAGGGACAACACCGUAUGGUGGGGUAAAGCUUGAAGAUUUGAUUGUAAAAGAUGGACUAACUGAUGUCUACAAUAAAAUUCAUAUGGGCAACUGUGCUGAAAAUACCGCAAAGAAGCUGAGCAUUGCACGAGAGGAACAGGAUGCUUAUGCUCUUAAUUCCUACACCAGAAGCAAAGCGGCAUGGGAAGCUGGAAGAUUUGGAAAUGAAGUUGUUCCUGUCACAAUUACAGUAAAAGGUAAACCAGAUGUAGUGGUAAAGGAAGAUGAAGAAUAUAAACGUGUUGAUUUUAGCAAAAUUCCAAAGCUGAAGACAGUUUUCCAAAGAGAAAAUGGUACAGUAACAGCUGCGAAUGCCAGCACGCUGAAUGAUGGAGCAGCCGCUGUGGUUCUGAUGACCGCAGAUGCAGCAAAGAGGCUCGGUGUUAAACCACUGGCAAGAAUAGCAGCAUUUGCUGAUGCUGCUGUAGAACCUAUUGAUUUUCCAGUUGCACCUGCAUAUGCUGUUCCUAAGGUUCUUAAAGAUGCAGGUUUGAAAAAAGAAGAUAUUAGUAUGUGGGAAGUAAAUGAAGCCUUCAGUCUGGUCGUACUGGCAAACAUUAAAAUGCUAGAGAUUGAUCCCCAAAAAGUGAAUAUCAAUGGAGGAGCUGUUUCUCUUGGACAUCCGAUUGGGAUGUCUGGAGCCAGAAUCAUUGUCCAUUUGGCUCAUGCGUUGAAGCAAGGAGAAUAUGGUCUUGCCAGUAUCUGCAACGGAGGAGGAGGUGCUUCCGCCAUGCUGAUCCAGAAGCUGUAGACGACGGCUGCGGUCUAACGCGACAGCCCUAUGUGGCCAGAAAGGCCUGCUGUAAUCAGGGUGACUUGUGUCAGAAUAAUCGCGUCCACCAGGAUCAGAACAAUCUAUUUAAAUUUUUAUUAUUUUCAACUCUUUUUAAAAAAUAAGAUAAAAAGAUCAAAUCCCCAAACCUUUGAGAUUAUAGAAGUUUUUUCUUCUUCUUUACAUUUUUCAUAAUGUUGAACAGAUUUUUAUUAUAAAGCUAUACUGUUUGAAAUACAAUAGUGCAUAAUUAUAUUAGUGACUUACAAGUAGAAGCUUCCAUGUUAGAGAAUAAAUCUUAAUUUACAUUUUU